AGCAUGGAAAAAUGCAUAACGGAGUUGGAAAAUGACAUAUCACUGGAAUUUGAUCCCGAAGUUGAGGCUGCUAUAGCAGAACUGCUGCCCUCGAAUGACCCGCUACACUGCAAAGAUUUCUCAGCUAUCGACUAUAUCAACACCAUCUUCCCCACCGAGCAGAGUCUGACAAAUAUUGAUGAUGUUGUCCACAAAAUGAACAGUAAAAUCAGACAACUUGACAAUGACAUACGCCAUCUCAUCAAGGAACAAACCAUGGCCGCUGAAGACGGCAGAGAGGCACUCGAGAGUUCCAAACAGAGCAUCGCCACUCUCUUCAACAAGAUAAAAGAGAUUAGAGAUAAGGCAGAGCAAAGUGAAACUACCGUUAAAGAGAUAACAAGCGAUAUAAAACAGCUGGACCACGCUAAGAAGAACCUGACUAGUUCCAUCACCACUCUCAACCACCUGCACAUGCUAGUAGGAGGUGUUGAGAGUCUAGCCACUCUUAUUAAACAUAGAAAAUACGAUGAAGCAGCCCCAUUAUUACAGGGAGUCAUGUACGUAAUGCACCAUUUCACUCCCUAUCACCAGAUCCCGCAAAUAAAGGAUCUCUCUGAUAAACUUGACAAGCUUCUGAGGGAUCUAGCUGCGCAGAUAAGAGGAGAUUUCGAGGAGGCUCACAGUUUAUAUGAGUGUAAGUUAAACUGCCAGCUAUCCUUAGCUGAUGCGUGUUUAGUGGUGGACGCUUUGCAGCCCCGAGUGAAAGAGGAUCUUGUUAACUGGUUUGUGGAUCGUCAGCUUACCGAGUACAAAUCCUUGUUUAGGGAAUACGAUGAAGUUUCGUGGUUAGAUAAAUGUGAUAGAAGGUAUGCCUGGUUAAAGAGGUGUUUUCUCGAGUACGAAGAGGACUGUGCCCGGAUAUUUCCAGAGCACUGGAACAUGCCGGGGAAAAUAGCCAGCGAUUUCUGUAAAGUCACACGGAAAAUGUUAGAGAAGCAGAUGAAAAAUCGUGUCUCGGAGUUGGAUGUUAAACUGCUCCUUUUCGCAGUUCAAAAAACCCAAGCUUUUGAGAAGCUUCUAAUGGAACGAUUCGAACAAGAACCAAAAAGGGAACUGGACUCUGCAACAGACGGAGAAACGGAAAAGAAAGAACCAGAAUCAUUCCACAACGCAAUGUCACAGUGCUUUGAGAUGUACUUGAACGUGUAUAUAGAUUCCCAGGAUGUAAACCUGACGGAGCUGGUAGAGAAGUUUGUUCUGGAGCUAAAGGAGGGAGGUGUCCCUACUUACCAGGUUGGAGAUCCUGCUCCACUACUACCCUCCUCCUCCGACCUGUUCGUCUUCUACAAGAAGUGUCUUGUGCAGUGUUCUCAGCUAUCGCAGGGACAAGCUCUGGUUGACCUAACGGAAGUAUUCAAGAAACAUCUCCAAAAUUAUCAUAGCAGUCUUCUAAUGCCCAGUCUCCCUAACAAGUCUUCAGGAUUCGCCUCAUCCCUGCUGAAAGACAAGGACAACAACAAAGUAGCAAUGUCAGAAGUGGUUAUGAUCUGCAUUGUCUUGUGCACGUCUGAGUACUGCCUAGAAACAACCCAGCAACUCGAGGAUAAAAUCAAGGAAAAAGCCCAGGAGGCGUACGCUGAAAAGAUCUCCUUCAACAGCGAGCAAGAGCUGUUCUCCAACACCAUCACCACGUGUCUUCAGGAACUAGUCCUCCACCUAGACUCACUCUGUGAGCCUGCACUAAGUGCCAUGUUGAAGGUUAACUGGUCUACUUUGGACUCAGUAGGAGAUCAAAGCGCGUACACUACCUCCAUAACCUCCCAUUUAGCAGCGACUGUGCCCGCAGUGCGAGACCUCCUCCACAACUCCCGGAAAUACUUUACCAACUACUGUCUCAAGUUUGCUAACAGCUUCAUACCCAAGUACGUUAACCAGAUCUACAAGUGUAAGCCGGUGAGUACAGUGGGAGCUGAGCAGUUGUUACUGGAUACUCACUCUCUGAAGACAGUGCUCCUGCAGCUACCCUCUCUGGGGAGUGCUGUAGCGAGGAAACCUGCUCCUAGCUUUACUAAAACUGUUAGCCAGGGCAUGGUUAGAGCUGAAAUGAUACUCAAGUUGGUCAUGGCUCCUUCUGAGUCCCAGAUCGCUUUUGUGGAAAGUUAUAUCAACCUGCUGGCUGACAAGGAUAUUGGAGAUUUCCAGAAGGUUUUGGAAAUGAAAGGGUUCAAGAGGUCCGAACAGAUGGACAUGAUUGAGUUGUUUAAGAAGACCGCGAAUAUUUCGGACUCUGAGAAUGUAGCUAGUGUAGCGGACCAGGACUCCAGUAGAAUUAGAAAGUUGGAGAAACUUAUCAAGAAGCAGUUUUAGUUACAACAAGUUGGUUUAUUUUAUGGCAUAACCGAAAGAUCCAAGGUGUUUAUUCUGUUGAGAUUGGAUUCGAGUGAAUUAAAAUUAUUUUGUUUACGUUUUAGUCGUAAGAGCUGGACUCUUUCACUAUAAGGUUAUCUUAAGGUUGUUUGAAAGUUAAGUUACGAUAUUUGAGUUAAAAUUCAUUGCAUGAAGAAAUGAAGAAUGAGGAUGCAGUUUUAGUAGUCCCUGUUUGAUUUCAAUAACCAACCAUGUACAUUAUAUCAUUUAGAAAAUCACGUUUGUUAUUAUGAAAAUGUUACUGUUGUUAAUAUGAAAAUCAUUAUAUGGGGCUGAAUAACUGUUCUAAGUUUGACGCUUUGAAUUAAAUUGCGCUCUUUCCACAGAGUACAGCAGUCAUCCAUACGUAAGCUCCAAAUCUCACCCACAGUCCAAUCACGAAACGUUCUCAAAAUUUGCUAUUUCAUGA